AUGUACCGACCACAAGAUGACGAUCCUGAAGGUUGGAUUCACAGAGACAAGCUGGCCAAAAUUGAGAGUGAAGAGUUACAAGCUGCAGGAAUCAAUCUGGCGAAUGCACGACGCAAUGUGGAUAAUGUUGGAAGAGAUACGAGUCGUGGUCGACAGGGCGACGAGCGGCACCUGUCGGUCAAGAACGAAGAAGAUAAAGAUAAACGUCGAGUGGAGGAGACCGCGGAAGAGGAAGAGCAACAAGAACAGGAAGAGGAACGAUUAAAUUGGGAUCUGCGCACGCCAGACGAAAUCGCGGCUGACCUUGUGUCGCAGCAGCUCUCCGCCAACCCAAUUUCGAAGAAGUCGGGGUCCAAAAUCCCUGUCUUGACUUCAAGCCCAUUACCGAUACCACCAGAAAGGAUCGAGCGAGAUACUCCCAUAGUGAGGAAACGUACUAUUAGCAACAGUAUGAGCCCUGAGGAUAGUAUACCAGUCCUAAGAUCCCGAAAACGAAGGGGUAGCAACGGCAGUCAUCCUUUGCAAGAUGAUAUCGAUUCUCAAACCGCCACACCAGUCCCAACAAACGGUCACAGGUCGGCUUCGAAGACAGCAUCUCCUACCAAGACGAAACCAAAAGCUGCUCCAUCAUCACCUCCCAGCACAUCAGCUGCAAGGAAAGUAUCUAAUACGAACAGGAAACCAUCCGGCACUACCAAAGCAGGGACUUCGCCUUCGAUCGGCCAGAGACCCGGGACCAGAUCCGGAGAAUUGGACCGUCCUCGAACAGCGGUCAACCGGCCAGAAGGCGAUCCCCCCUGGCUUGCAACGAUGUAUAAACCAGACCCUAGAUUGCCUCCCGAAGAGCAAAUCAUCCCAACGCACGCUCGUCGACAGCAACAAGCACAGUGGGAACAGCAAGGAGCUGUCCCAACUACCUACGAUCGAAACUUUUCCCCUCUGGCCAUUCACACGGGCAACGGGUUGGUCAAAGCACCGUCUCCUAACCCACCUUCGUCUCCGUCGCCUGAAGGGCAAGAAGAGCACGAUCAGAGCUCGUGGCCAUUGAGACCGGUUCCAAGUCUGAGGAACUCGAGCAACGGCAGGCCUGGCACUGGAGGUAGUCUGAAUGGUGGGUACAGUACAAUGCCUCGCGUGACGAGUCCGGCGAUUGUCCAGAGCCCUAAGAUCGGCAACAUUUCAACUACCCCAGCUCAACCAGCGAGGAUGCAAGUCCAACGCAUGGAACCCAAUGAAAUGGAUGAAAAGGUCAAAGACAAGAGCUGUGGAUGUUGCGUCGUCAUGUAA